AUGACCGCAUCUAGUCAGGCCAAAGUGGCCAUUAUCAUCACCAGCACCAGACCUAUUAGAGUUGGACCGGAAAUUGCCAACAUUGUCAAAGACAUUCUCGAAAAAGAAGAUGGAAACGAGACAAGGCUCUCCUUGGUUGAUGUUGCAGAAUUUAAGCUGCCAAUCUACGAUGAGAGCAUUGUUCCGUACCAAGUUCCCUCUCAAGCAACCUAUGCCAACGAACAUAGCCGACGCUGGAGUGCCGAGAUCUCCAAAUACGACGCCUACAUCCUCGUCAUCCCCGAAUACAACUACGGCAUGGCGGGAAGCACGAAAAAUGCUAUUGACUACCUGAGGAAUGAGUGGAUGGGAAAGCCGGCAGCUAUCGUGAGCUACGGCAUGACGGGUGGCAGUAAUGCCUCGGAACAAGUCAAGGUUUCGCUUGAGGGGGCAGAGAUGCGUGUAAGCCCUACACGGCCACAGCUUGUAUUUGCAAAGAAUGGUGAAGCAUCUGAUAUCUUUGCCGCCAUGCACAAAGGCGAACUAGGGGAGAAAUCGCGCGAGGUAUGGAUGACUGAAAACAAGAGGGAUAUCUUGAAGGCUUUCGAGGAACUGAAAGAGGCGAUCAAGAAUCCACCAGCGGCCAAAGAAAACUAA